AAUUAUAAUGUAUGCAUUUGUUGACUUGCAAUGGUUUUUAGCUUGUACAUUGGUUUGACUUUUAUUUUUGUUGAAGUUUUGUAUGUGUCAAGAAAUGAUGCAUAUUGAUUAAUGGAUCAAGAAUCAAGAUUGAUCAAUGAGAUUGGGUGCUUAUUUUAACAUUUCAUGAAUUAUUAAUAAUUGGCAAUAAGUAUCGCUCUUUUACUUAUAAGUAUAGUUAGUCAAAGUUGUAUUUGCUUCUUGGCUAGAAAGUGAAAGGUGAGAGAAAUGCAAGGGUAUACAUGGAGGGUAAUGGUUCCCAUUUUGUUCUUAAGAAACUAACCUCUCUUAUAUUGAAGAGAUUUGGCAAGGCAUUGGGAAUUGAAAUAAAAGACUAAAGACCUCACAGUGCUCAAGAACAAGAUGGAAAAUGCAAGUGAAAACAUAUCAUAAACAAUGGAGCAGCAAAAACAAGAGCAACAUCACAAAGAUGUUUAAUGAGGACAGCCCGUUAGCACUUGCUCAAGCUUAUGAGACACGCGCUAAGCUCAUUGCAGCUCAUGAGGAGUUGGCCGAGGAGGGAGCUAUUGAGAUUGUGAUAAUAAAAACCACCGGUGACAAAAUCCUAACUCAACCACUAGCUGACAUUGGUGGGAAGGGCUUGUUUACUAAGGAAAUCGAUGAGGCCCUUUUGAAUAAUGAGAUUGAUAUUGCUGUCCAUUCCAUGAAGGAUGUCCCUACUUAUCUACCAGACAAGAUAAUUCUUCCUUGCAACCUUGAGCGUGAAGAUGUUCGUGAUGCCUUUAUUUCUACCACUGCAACUUCUCUUGCUGAGCUUCCAGCCGGAAGUGUUGUUGGUACUGCAUCAUUAAGAAGGAAAUCUCAGUUACUACACAGAUACCCAUCCCUUGAAGUAUUGGAUAACUUCCGUGGUAAUGUACAGACACGGUUGAGAAAACUUAAUGAAGGGCUGGUGCAAGCAACAUUGUUGGCCUUGGCUGGCCUAAAGCGCUUAGAUAUGACUGAAAAUGUUUCUUCUGUUCUUUCAAUUGAUGAUAUGCUUCCAGCUGUUGCUCAAGGGGCAAUUGGAAUUGCUUGUCUACAAAAUGACGAUAAGAUGGCGAAGUAUCUAGCCUCAUUGAAUCACGAGGAAACUCGAUUAGCAGUUGCGUGUGAGAGGGCUUUUCUUGAAACUUUGGAUGGGUCUUGCCGUACUCCCAUUGCUGGCUAUGCUUGCCGAGAUGAAAAUGGAGACUGCUUUUUCAGGGGGCUUGUCGCUUCAACUGAUGGAAAACAAGUAAUCGAGACAUCUCGAAAGGGUCCAUAUGGUUAUGACGAUAUGGUAUCGAUGGGAAGAGAUGCUGGAAAGGAGCUUCUUUCACGGGCUGGUCCUGGAUUUUUCGAUCCAAGAUAAUCUUGUCUGAGUAAGGCUAACUUUUUGUAGUAAUGAGGCGUCUCUCCAGAUUUGCUAUUGAUACUUCUGUAGCAGUGGUAUGCUGAGGGUUCUGUAGGAUUUAGUAUUUGGGUCCUUAAAUUAGCUAUAGUUUAAUUAUAUCAAUGUACAAUCUAAAAAUAUAUUCAUAUCUCCAACUAAAAAGUGUUGAAUCCUUGUAACUUAUCCAAGUUAAGGUUGCUGUCAAACAUUGAUUUUUUGCUCAAACAUGCUUCGGUUUUUUACUCCGUAAGAA